AUGUCUCAGAUGCAAAAGCAGUACUAUAGGGCAUUGCUACAGAAAGAUCUUGAGGUUGUAAAUGCCGGUGGAGAACGCAAACGUCUCCUCCUCAACGUGGCCAUGCAACUAAGGAAGUGUUGCAAUCAUCCAUAUUUAUUCCAAGGUGCUGAACCUGGUCCACCUUAUGCAACUGGAGAACUUAUAAUAGAACAUGCUGGCAAGCGUGAUUCCAGGGCUCUGAUAUUUUCACAGUAUACCAUUGAGGAAAAGGUGAUUGAGAGGACGCUUUGGCGUUCCAACAGGGUCGCUGUGAACAAAGAUGAGCUGUUGCAAAUGGUGAUAUUUGGCGCGGAAAUGGUUUUCAAUUCCAAAGACAGCACAGGCACAGCACAAUAA